AUGUCCGCUCCCUCUAAUACCGGCAAGGCCGGUGUCAUCAAGGCUAGUGAUGACAGCGGGAGUUUAGACAAGUUGGCACACGCGGUUUUGGAUGAUCUCCUGUACAAUAUCGUUCAUGAUCUUCUCGUCAAAGUCCAUCGGGACGAGAAAAUAGCACGCGCCUCGACCGCCGCAAUCCGCGUCGAAAAGCUCGCUUUCGACACAGCUGAUGCAUCAGACCCCGAUGUGCGACCCGAUGUCAAGGUCGAGACUGAUGCCGCGGUUUAUGACGAGGGCAAAGUGCUCCUCAAGGGGAACCCCUUAGUCACAACCAAGGACAUUGUUUGUCCACGAUGCCACCUCCCUCGCUUGUUAUACCCGACAGACGGCAAAGGCGCAAGGAAACCGGACCCCAGCAUAAUAUACUGCAAGAAGCACCCUUACAUUGACAAGGCUGGCUACGACAUCUAUGGCCAGACCUGGGUCGCGCAAGGACCAGGCAGGGGCAAGAAGAAGAAGGAUAUGGAGAAGAAGACAGAUACGCCGCAGGACUCGGCUGGCGGCACCCCGACGCCUGAGGGUGCCGGAGACGCGAAAGCUGGAUCUGCAGCACGGCCUGCAAAUAUGCUCUCGUUCCCGUCCGCGACCUGCAGCAAGUGCAAGCGAUGUAUACUGGUCACGAGACUAAACAACCACAUGGGAUCGUGCAUAGGCAAUAGCGGGCGUAAUGCCAGCCGUGCAGCGGCGCAGAAGAUCAGCAAUGGGAGUAGCAACGGGACAGCAAACGGCGACAACACACCUCCGUCGAGUCAGAAGGGCACGCCGGCUCCUGGGUCACGGGCGAGCAGUCCCAAGAAACGGGAUAGUGUCGAGAUGGACGACGAUGACGACAGCGACGUGGAUUCACACAAGAAGAAGAAGAUCAAGCCGACUGGCGCGGACAAGACCAAGAAACUCGUCCUCAAGGCAAAAUCUUCUGUGGGAUCUAAGAAGGAGAAGGUCAAGGCCAGCUCCUCGUUGAGUGUUGAGCAAAAAGUUGACGAUGACGACGGAGACAAUUCUACCGUCGAAGUGGCGCCCAAGAAGAAACUCGGCAAGACACAGAGUCCUGCCAAGAAGCUCAAGCUUGGUGUCUCAAAACCAAACCUGAACUCGUCCCCAGCAGCAAAGAGCAAUGGAAAAACUCACAGCAGUCGGGACGAUGAUGGCUCAGAAAGCUCGGAAACCCUUUCGUCACCACAGGCCGGGUAA